AAACAUAUUGGUCCUACACUAGAACUAACCGAGAGGGGGGGGCUCUCUGAUGAAUUUGGAGAGUGGUUCCCACUUUUUUUGUCGUGUGCCACAACAAUAUCUCCCGUUUCUCUUUUCUGCUUAAUUGUGAUGGCCGGGAACUAAGAUUGCAUACAUUAUACAGUGGCAGUAGCUUUUGCUUCCCCCCUCUCCCUCUCUCUCUCUUUCUCUGUAUGUGACAAUGGAAAGUGGACUUCCCAUGCUUAACUGUCUCUUACAGCACACACUUAGAAGCCUAUGCUCAUGUCCGGAUUCUUCCAAUUCUUCCAAGUGGGUGUACGCUGUUUUCUGGAGAAUACUUCCCCGGAAUUACCCUCCACCCAAGUGGGAAUAUGGAGGGACUGCUCUUGAUCGCUCCAAAGGAAACAAAAGGAACUGGAUUCUAGUGUGGGAAGAUGGGUUUUGUGAUUUCUUAGAAUGUGAACGAACUGGGAGUGGUUACAUGAAGGGGAGGUUUGGAACUGAUAUCUUCUUCAAAAUGUCUCAUGAGGUGUACAAUUUUGGAGAAGGAUUGGUGGGUAAAGUUGCAGCAGAUAAUAGUCACAAAUGGGUGUUUAGAGAUCCUCCAAGUGAUGGUGAUCCUAGCCUUAUCUCCUCGUGGAAUGUUUCCAUUGAGCCUCAACCAAGAGCAUGGGAGAUUCAGUUCAAUUCAGGCAUUCAGACAAUUGCGAUCAUUUCUGUUAGAGAAGGCGUAGUUCAACUGGGAUCAUUCGAUAAGGCUCUUCAGAUUGUGGAAGAUCUCAAUCUAGUGAUCAGCAUACAGAGGAAGUUCAGCUAUCUACAGAGCAUUCCCGGCGUCUUCACCAUUCAAAGACCAUGCCUUCCUAUCCAACAUCCGUACGUAAUCAAACCCAGUAUGCAGACGAUAGAAAGCCAUGAAACAUCUCUCUCAUUCUAUAACAAGCGACAAUUAACCAGAGUGAAGAGACUCUUCGGCGACAAAACAGAGGAUUCCGAUUCUCCCAUAAAGUCGAUCAACUUGGGCUGGAACACCCCACAAAACGGCAUUGCAGGACAACCCAUUUGGCCAAUUCCUCCUCUUCUGCCCACUAUGCCUUGCAGCCUUGGAGCACUCCUAGCAAAGCUACCUUCUGUGGCUCCAUACUAUAGCACCAUUGAAGCUCCCGACACCGCUCUUCCGGACGACAAUAUCGACAGCUCGAAUCAGAGAGUUCGGGUUGACAAUGGUGGAAUUCAGACAGCCAAUAUGAAACUGGAGUACUCUUCAAGGGAGGGAGAAGGCGCCUUAAAUCUGAAUUAAUUAGGAUAACCAAGUUGAUAAAACUCUCGUGUUUCUUAGCACGUUAAAAGCACGUACUUUUUUUAAUUAUUCGUUUGAUUGUGCACAA